AUUACCCAAUUCGCGGAAAUAAUAAACGAUUGGUAAGUGAAUUUUGAUAAGAAAUGCAGGUGCUUUAGUGUCUUGUAAUUUCGUUAGUACAGACACUUUUUCACGAUAUGCAGACGUGUUUAUUACUUCUGUCUGCCUUGGCAGCUUAUUUGGUAUCAGCAGACGAGUGUGUCGGAAAAAAUAAUGGUGUGUUCGAGAUUGGGUGCCGGGCGUAUGUAGUCUGCCACAACCAACACGGAACAAUCCAUCACUGCGCGGACCCUCCAGCGCUCAACACGGUGUACAAUUCCCGGACGAAGAGUUGUGACCAACCCCACAACGUUCCUGCACCUUGUGGAUCAUGGAGAGACUGCUCUACUUUGCCAGAUAAGAGGUAUGCCGAUGUCACCACGAACUGCACCUCGUACUACACGUGUCAAGGGGGAACUUACUUUGGUCACAACUUCUGUAACCCAGGUGUUGUGUUUGACGAAAACAUGCAGAUUUGUAACUGGCCUGGGAAUGUUGCACCACCUUGUGGUACAGCCGGAACUGGGCGCUGAUAAAUAAUUGGAUUAACAAGUCCAGCAGCAAUAAAAAUCUCUUUAAUA